AUGGCUCCAGGUAACAUAUCGAUUUCGCCGUUUCUGUUCCAGCGGUGCUUCCAACAAGCAUGGUCCGGGUCGCGACGGGCCCGCAUCAAGCCUGGCAAUGUCGACUAUAAGAAAGGAGCCGUCGAUGACAAAGAUGUGCUUUCGCUUCCACGAAGAAUUGGAAUCGCUGUCAGCGGCGGCGCCGACUCGAUGGCUUUGGCGUACCUGUGUAAGCAGCUGGAACGCUCGCCUGAGGUAGCUGGGGCCAUUUCUGUGACUGCAUUUGUGGUCGAUCAUCGCGCUCGCCCAGAAAGCACUGAUGAAGCCCAAAAGGUGGCUGAUAUUAAAACUUAUAUCUUAAGCCUGGAUUGGUCCAAGUACACUACUGGCAAGAGCCAGAAAUCCUCUAAAGCAGACGCACCUAUUCCUAUGCCGUCAGCCUUUGAAACUCACGCCCGACGACUCCGUUUCCAGGCCCUUGGCUCCGCCUGUCAGAGAUUCCGCAUUGGAACACUACUCUUGGGCCAUCAUCAAGACGAUAACGUCGAGACCACCAUUUGGCGACUGUCCUCCGGUGCAAGGGGACUUGGUCUCGGCGGCAUUCCCGAAGUGGCUCGAAUUCCAGAAUGCCAUGGCCUUUAUGGAAUUUCCGAGAGCGGGUCAAUUCUAUCGAUGCCUUUGAAACCCGACACCAUUCCUGAAACUAAAAUCCGUUUCAUCGGGCGAAGCCAAGGAGUCAUCACGUUCCCUGAUCCGAGCCUUGAGUCAGAGAACGACAAACAUGGAUCCCAUCUCAGCCCUACAACUUCAUACAUCGCAAGCGGCGGUAUAUUCCUCUGCCGUCCUCUCCUCUCCUUCCCAAAAUCCAGUCUCGUGGAAACAUGCCGCAAAAACCAAGUCCCCUACGUCUCGGAUCCUACAAACUUCGACCCAACCCUUACUCCCCGCAACGCCAUCCGCAGCCUCGUAUCAUCUAAUUCCCUACCCCGAGCCCUUCGAUCCGAAUCUAUCCUCUCCCUAAUCCGCUCAAGCCAAAACCUCCUCGAAGUCUCAAAAGAACUCUCCAACUCCCUACUAUCAUCUCAAUGCCGGUUACUGGAUUUCAAUCCUGGAGCCGGAUCAGCAGUGAUCCAAUUCCUAAACCCAAGUCUCGAAUCCAUCGACCCCCAAAUCGCUUCCCUGUCAACAUUCCAAACCAAACAGAUCCAAACCGUCGUCCUCCGCCGCAUCACAGAACUGGUUUCUCCAUUCCCCGAUAACCAUUUUGCAUUGCGAAGCUAUGAGCCAAUGGUUUCCCGCGUCUUCCCCGACUCAGACGUCCCUCAAACCACCACUACCAAUCACGGUGCGCACCACAAACAAGCCUUUACCCUAGGUGGGGUUAUCUUCCAGCCCCUUGCAAACGACGACGGUCAUAAUAUCUGGCUGCUAUCCCGCCAACCCUUUAUGAAAGGUCGGGACCCUAUUAAGCGUCUUUAUGUCCCGCCACGGGGCGAAUUCACCCCAUGGAGCUUAUGGGAUAAUCGAUACUGGCUACGGUUUAGCCUUACGCCAAGUGAUCCAACGCUGGAUCCGCGUGCAUUGAGCAAAUUGCAAAGUCUUUCCAUCCGUCUACGCCCAUUCAAACAAACAGAUAUGCAAAGGAUGCGUACAGCCGCCGAGGGAACAGGGCCGAAGAAGGAACGUGUUAUCGAUGCGACGAAAUUGAAAUUCUGGGAACAGACACGAGCAUUGUUAGCAACCGAAGCACCAGCUUCACUGCGCUUUACUCUCCCUCUUUUGGAGAAAGUAGAGAGUGGAUCUAGAGAGAAUUCUGUGGAUCAGGCGAGUUCUGAGCCUUUGGCAUUCCCGACUCUAGAUUGCCGUCUACAGGGUCAUGGAGCAGAAUAUGAUUCUCCCAAGGAGGUGGAAUUGGUGCAUUAUGGAAAGCACUGGAAAUUGAAAUGGCAGUGGAUGUACAAAAGGAUUGACACAGAGGCGCUACGCCUGAUGGGCUGGCCCCUUGAAGACACUGAAGACGUUUAG